UCGAGAGACCGAAACCUAAGAGGGUUCAAUUCAGUCAGUGAUACUGCUACACAGGGGUUGAAAGACCUCAGCCUCCUCGCGUCCGACGACGGUCUUGUGCUCGUUGUACUACGUACGAGAUAUACAUACAUCCAUACCCUACCUAAACCCUAAAGUGGUGGAGUAGAAGGGCCAAGAGAGAGACAGAGAGAGACAGAGAGAAUGUGUAAAAAGAAAAGAGAACGACCGUCGCAGAGCUCGAGAGAGUGAGGAUCGACGUCGUUGACGAGAACGACGAGGAGGAAAAGGAGGAGGACAAGAACAACCAGAGCAAGGAAGCAGAGAGCUGGAUGGAGCUGGACACCACAGAGGAAUUACUAGGAGGAGUGGGGAGGCCUCUCUCCGGCCCGUGCUUUGGGAGUGCUUCAGUGCUUGCUGGCCACGGUCUCUUGAGAGUCGAUCAAUAACUAUGUCUGGAGCUGCCUGCUGAAGUGAGAAAGUGAGGAAAUCCACGAACCAAAACCGAGGUUCCAUCAUGUCCAUAGCAUCAGAAUAGCACUUGGAUAGCCAAAGUCAGACCCAUGAGGUGUUCGUGAUUAGUGAGGGAUCAUGGGAGGGCUCCGUACCCUAGUUUGGAUGAUUCUCCUGAGCUCUGUCCCGGCCUUAGCCAAGUCCACACCCGGUGCGAAGCAUGAAUUCCAAACUCACCGGAGAGUGCGCCGACACAUCUUCAACUCAGAAUCGAAUCAAGUAGUCCAUUCCUCCCAUAGAUGGGGGGGUUCUGCCAAGAGUCAACAUCACCUGGAACGAUUGGUCUUGGUCUUGGAGGAUCUGGUGAGCGGUCAAAAUGUGACUUUAGAUCUCAGUCUGAACACGGACCUUAUCCCUGAUUCCUACUUCGAAAAACAUCACCAUGAGGGUAAGACACUUACCAAAAAGUUUUCCUCGGCCAAGGAGGUUGAAUUGUGUCACUACAACGGAUUGGUGCGGGGUCGUGUUCACUCAUGGGUCGCUCUCUCCACUUGCGAUGGAAUCCACGGUGUCGUCUUUGAUGGACGACAUUUUCAUCAUAUUGAACCCGAGAAUGAAGAGUACCACCUGCUCUACCAACAAAAUGAUCACCUCUCGUCGUUACAAUCCUCAAAUUUCACCUCCAGGACCAAGCGAAGUGUGUCCAACGAAAAAGGUUCAGGCUAUCUGAGUGAUCAAAACAAUCUACACCCUCCGGAAACUGAUCACAAAUCGGAUAUCGAGGCAGUAUUAGGACCGUGGAAUGCUAAUAAACGGUCCAGGUAUGUAGAGCUGGUUUUGGUGGUGGAUAAACGAGAAUUCCAAGACCACAACGAGGACCUGCAAAAAGUGCAACGGAUAUGCAAAGACAUUGCCAAUGUCAUGAAUGGCCUUUAUUCGCCUCUGAACAUUUACAUCGCAUUAGUCGGUGUUAUUGUUUGGACCGAAUAUGACGAGAUCAAGUUAUCCACGAACGGAGACCAAACUCUGACGAAUUUUCUCCAUUAUCGGAAAGAGCGCUUAGUCAAAGAACAUCCCAAUGACAAUGCUCAACUACUCACCGGGAUUACUUUCGAUGGAGGUGUGGUAGGAAAAGCCUUGAAAGGGCCUAUGUGUACAUACGAGUUUUCCGGCGGGGUCAACAUGUGGCACAGUGAUGUGAUUGGGCUCGUGGCCACGACAGUGGCUCAUGAAAUGGGCCACAAUUUCGGUAUGGAGCAUGAUCGUGAUUACUGCGUGUGUCCCGACGACCGAUGUAUUAUGGCCCCGGCCUCGUCUACGCUCAAACCCUCGUUUUGGAGCUCCUGCAGUCUCGAAUAUUUGGCCCUUGCAUUUGAGCAAGGCAUGGACUAUUGUCUUAGAAAUCGGCCCGUCAAACUAUUUGAGUCACCGGUUUGUGGCAAUGGUUUCGUGGAGCAAGGUGAAGAAUGCGACUGUGGCCUCAAAAACCAUUGCGACAAUCCCUGUUGUAAUCCUGAAAGCUGCACCUUGUAUGCUAAUGCUACUUGUGCUACUGGGGAAUGCUGCGACUUCAAGACUUGCAGGCCCAAGCCUUCCGGCGAUUUGUGCCGGCCUUCAGAUCAUGCUUGUGAUCUCCCAGAGUUUUGCACUGGUGAAUCAGAAUUCUGUCCCAACGAUGUCUAUAAAGUGGAUGGGACACCAUGCAAGGUUGGCCACGCUUUCUGUUACCAAGGUACGUGUCGAACCCACUCUGACCAAUGCAAAUUACUUUGGGGUCCGUCGGGCAAGAAAUCCGAAGACGAAUGCUACGAGCAGAAUUUGAAAGGCAGUCGACAUGGAAAUUGCGGUUACAACCGAAUAAAUGAAUCCUACAUUCAGUGCUCAUUAGAGGAUGUACGUUGUGGGAUGCUACAUUGCUCUCAUCUAAAUGAAAGGCUUGAAUUUGGAAUGGAGUCUGCCGCUAUUCUCUCGCAUUCUUUCAUCAAUUCUCGAGGUCGAAUCAUUCCCUGUCGAACGGCCCUAGUUGAUCUGGGGCUGAAUGAUAUUGAUCCUGGAAUGGUUCCAGAAGGAUCAAAAUGCGGCGAUGGUAAACUCUGUGUCAAUCAGCGAUGCAUUCCUGUGGAAUCGCUAGUCAUUGGUCCGAAAUCGUGUCCACGAGAUUGUAGUGGCAACGGCAUUUGCAACAGCAAGGGUCAUUGCCACUGCAACAUCGGUUACGAACCUCCACUGUGUGAUGCCCCUGGUCCUGGGGGAAGUAUCGAUAGUGGUCCUGCCAGUUCCUCUGAUGAAUGGUCUCCUUUGGUAUUCAUCCUCGUCGCGUGCCUUACUCUUCUUCCGUUGUUGUGCUUAUUUUGUUGCUUUGUGGCUUGGAGAGCCAAGGGCGUUUCCUCCAGUCCCAGGGAGUGGAAGCUUUUCUUUGAUGAAAAGGCACGUUCGAGUGUGGAUGCAGGCCCUAGCAAGAAGAAAUACCAUUCCAAGCUGGAGAUUUCUGGACCAUUGGAGAAUUCUGGCCUUGGAAGUCCAACACCAAGUCAUGCCUUACUCCCUCAUGUAGAUACCAGCACUUCAGCGUUGAGCUCGUUACCAACAACGGUGAAGGAAUCCAGCGAUUCUGAAGACGCUGUCAAAUUCAAACAAGAAUCUUCAAGCCGAAUAUUUGGCCUUUCUCGCCCCAAAUUUGGAAGACAAUGCUCUGCCAGUAGAGUGGAAGGCGAGAAGCUCACUUUUAUGCAGUCACUAGCUCGUAGUAUCACAUUUCCAACGUCAAUCAAAUCCCGUGAAGCGUCUGCAAAAUAUGAAAUUAAGGUGGAACAUCAACAACCAAAUUCGGAUAGUUCCACUCCAAUCGAAUCUGUUGAAGAAAAAGAGGACGUCAAAAUAGUGAUGGAAAAGGAACUUGAGCCCCCAAGUGGAGAGUCUCCCCUUGUUAUAACCCAAAGCAAACCUCCGCCACCUCCAAGGCCCAAUAUCUUUGUACCUACCUCGAAUUCGAAGCUUGCUUUCCCUCACAGCUCCACCUUCACCUCAGGCCUUGUUUCUAGAUCUCCUUUCUUAACAGCCUCAUCUUCAUUUUCUACACCCUCCGCCUUGUCAGAUGCAUCAAUGCCUUCAAAGAAAUUGCAACACUCUUUGAGGUACAGUCCCAAACCGGCCUCAUUGAAUGAGUUAGCCUCAGAUUCGAGUCCAGCUGAGAUUGCAGUUGAACACAAAGUUACGACUCCAUCUUCGCAGAGUGCCGGUAUCUCAUCAGCAUCGGGGCAGACUGCAUUGCAGCCGUCAAAAUCAUCGGUAGCAGGCAGUGCACAACCCUCAUCUUUGAAUAAGAAAACAACAACUGUGUUAGCUCCCAGCAGAUCUGCUUCUGGAACAACUACCUUGCUGACAUCAAAACCUCUGCAGUCGCCAUUUUUUAAAAAAGCUGCUUCUUCGUCUCCGUCUGUGGUUGUUACUGCGUCUGUGACCUCUGCCAUUACCACAAAGCCUACAACAUCUACUUCAGUCUCCCCUUCAUCUCAGUUUAGCACCUUCCAGCCUUUGAGCACCAGCAAGGAGAGCUCAGAGCCGUCCGAAGUGGUUCAAGCUCAUGGAACUCAUAUGACAAAGAACAGCACUUUGCCAACUUCCUUGAGCUCCAUCUACGGAGCACAUAUGAAUAUGCCCAAGUCGUCCACAUUACCGUCUGGUUCGACUCCGGGUGGCUUGAGGCCAGAAAUUGGUAAACCAGUCCUACAAACUGCUACGUCUUCAGCCCAAUCGUUAAUAUCAAGAGCUCCCAGCACGGGGAUCUCGCAGAGUUCCAUUCUCGCCAAAACGGACCGUCGAGAUAGGAGCUCUAAAGGCGUUGUUUUUUGCGACCCAAUCACUUUACCAAGUCCCACAAAUCCGAAUAAUCCUCCAAUCAUUCAUCAACCGACCAUGACAUCAUCAAUGAUUGUACUGAUGUCAUCGCCCAGACCUUCCCCAACUGUAGCAAGUGCUCCCAAGAACCAAAUGUCCAUAAUUACACCAACAUGGACCACAGAACCGACUCCCUUGACCUCUGAUGCGGUAAUAUGUCACAUCGAUGAAUCUGAACCUGAUGGAGAAACAACCACCACGCUGGGUGCCACCUCAUCGGCACCAAUCGCUUCGCCCGACCGCGAAGUAUCAAGCCCGAGCCCAUCAGGGAGCAGUAGCUUGGCCAAAAUCAAAUCCAAGCUAUCUCAUGGUACCAAAAAGCCUGACCCAGACGCCAGUAGUGAUUCAAGCAUCAGGUCUAACCUAAGGGGAUUGGAAAUCUCUGGACCCAUUCUUCAAUCCACAAUGGAUCUAAAAACCAAGUUAGUACCGAUUUGUGGCACUGAGAAUACUCCGAUCUCAAGAUCGAGCCCAAUCCAGACCCUGAGUCCAACACCAAAACGAGCAGCACCGCCUCCGCCUAUUCAGCCUCGAGGUCAAUUCAAAGGCUCGCACAAUGAUUCAAACCUGAAAGAAACGGCCGUUUCCAAUAGCCCGAAACCCUCGGCUGUGUCUCGCUCUUCCUCCUCGGCAUCAUCGAUUGGUAAGAGGCCUGCGAGUAUUGCUACGUCACGCCCUACUAGACCCUCGGCCCCACCUCCAAUGCCGCCGCCUUCUCGAACUCAAGUGCCUGCUCGGACUCAAGUUUCGGCCAGCGCUUCCGCUCAAAAACCGGCCUCACACUUAAAUGAUGGCGGCCCAUCGAGAGAAGAUAAUACAAAACAAGAGCACAUUUAUGAAAAAAUCAAGGGAAGUACUCCGGACAAAGAGAUGCCUAAGGCUAAGAAAGAGUCCACCCCGCGUCCAAGUUCAAUUGGCUUGAAAGGGUCAGAAGUAGCCAGUCCUCAAGACUCGGAAUAUGGAACCCCUUCGUCGUCACCACUUUUUGCCAAGAAGUCUCCGGACACCGUUUCAAUGGCCAGUAGCGAAGGCGAUCUGAUGAAAGAAAUACUCAAGGAGAUCGUGACUAAGGAUGACGAGAUCUAUAGCACGCUUACCAGGAAGAAGAAGAAGUCUGUUCCGAAGCCUUAAUACCUGUUUUGUCAAAGUGCACUUGGCCUCCCAUGUAGUAUAUCAUUUUUGGGAUAAGGCGUGCCAAAAUCUCAUGAUAGAAGCUUAUUUCCUCUGAGUUCCUGAGUAUGAUAAGGGGCAAAAUGAGUCAUACUCGCCUCGGUUCAGAACGCCAUGGCUGGAAUUUUAGCGGUUACUUUUAGAUGUUCAGGUGAAGAUGCGGUUUGUGGUAAGAUUGAGAGUACCUCAUUUGAUGUCCGCUACCAAAACACCUUGGAAUAUAACUAAUCCAGGCAAAGAAAAAGACAAAAUGGCGCCAUUCAUUAUCGUUUUGUACAUUUCAUACGUUAUGAGAAAAACGGAAAACAUAUUGUUUGAUCUCAGAGAAAGGAUAUUCACGUUACUUUGCCAUUUACAAUACUUGAAUCACAUUAUAUGACAUUCAACAUCACUUGUUCACAAAUAUUCAUAUAUUUUGCCUGUUUUGCUCUCACGAGUCAAAAAUACAAAAGUCUCUUCUAGUCCCUA